AUGGCUGAACAUUUCUCAGAAACCGGAGGAUCCGACCCGGAAUACGAUUCCGAUGAUUCGUUAAAUGACCCGAGUUACAGCACUCUAGAAGAAACCCAUGCCAAGUUCUCAAACCUCUCAGUCAAGACUAAAUCCAAGACCCGUAUUGUGGAGGUUAUUGAUGUUGAAGAAGAGCCUGAUGGGGAGGAGGUGGUUGUGCCUGAGCUUAAUCAGAUUGAUGCUAAAAGCUAUGAACAUGUCCAUAAGAUUAUUCAAGACAAUCAGAUUGAGAAAAUGAAAGUGGAGCACUGUAAGCUCUACUUGAGGAAGAAUGGGUUGAGACUGACCGGCAAUAAGGACACGCUCAUUCAGCGGAUUAAGGAGCAUCUAGAGAUUUUGAAUGGUGGAGGUGAGAAGAAGUACCCGGCAUCUAGCUUUGUUUUGAAUUGUAAAGGUGAUGCAUGCACCGGCGAUGUUGUCAUGUUCGAACAAAAUGUUUAUGAAAUGUUUGACAUAGCAUCCAGGAGUGGAAGAGGCCCUCCAUGCGGCACAAGGACUGUUGCAGGGCGGAUUGUGAAAGAAAGCUAUGGUGCUGCCAAACAGCAGCACACAUUUACAAUUGAAGUACUCUGGAGCAAAGGGGAGAAACCACUCCCUCCACUUCAUCCCCUCCUAAUCAAGGGUCGGAAUCUUUACCGGUUGAAAACUUUGAGACAGAGGUGGGAAGAUGAAGGGGAGAGGCAGAAAGCUUUGAUGGAAAAGCACUUAAGGGGAUCUCUAGCUAGGUCUGACAGAGAAACACGCGUCCAAGAGAAAGACAUGAGAAAAACGCUAAGGACAAAUUGGGUUUCAAGAAAGGAGGAGCCAAUAAAAAAUCAGUCUCAGUUGAACUCAACCUCUACUUUUAUAUCCCCAGUUCAACCUCAUCAAUCGUAUCCACUUGUUAAUCCAGCAAACCUUCAUCAAUCAGUUGGUCCAGGAAAUACAAAUAGGGGACGUCAUUUGGGAUUGUCUACUGAUUCUGCAAAACCAGAAACUCUAACUCACCAUUUCAAGAAACCAGCCACUCAACCUCGAGAUCCACAGUCAUGCUUAGUGACUGUAGAGCAUGGAAAAGUGACAACUCAACCUCAAGUGAAACAGCAUUCACUAAUGCAAGAUUGGUACUUCAGUCAAGCUUCUCAAAGACAGCCAUUAACAAUUGUGACCAACUGUCUUCUGACUAGUACACAAGCCCAAAAGCAGGUGUGCCGUCAUUAUGCUCAGGGCAGAUGUUAUUAUGGUGGCAACUGCAAAUUUUCUCAUGAAAUGAGAGAGAAUCACAAAGAAAGGAUGGAAGAGAGGCAGCCUUGUAAUUAUGGAAAUAGCUACAAUGAGAGGAGGUUCUAUAACCCAAAUUUGUAAUGCUCAAGUCACGGCUCCAGAGCCAAACAUGGUGAUUGAACAUUGGAUCAAUUUUGAUGUGGUAUGUUACUAUGUGCAUGGUGAACAAUUUUUGAGUCAAGUCGAAGGAGAUCAUUCA